CGAAAAGAUCGAACAGAAGAAGACAGCGUGUUUGAACAGAUGCAAUCUCAAUAUAUGUUAUCUCGUACUACAGAUGAUGUUUAUGAAGUCACUGAGAAUGGUGAGAUAGUAAACACCUCAAGACGUACGCUUUCUACUAAGGCUAAUUCGGCUAAUUCGACUCCUACUCCUUCUACUGCUACUACUCCUACUUUGACGAGUAUGAAGAAUUAGGCUCAGAGUAAGGGUUUCUUGAAGUAGCUCAAAUACCCUACUACUUGGGCAAUCCAUUCAGCUUGCUACUGUUUGUUUUUUGAUAUCUUCUUUACCUUUUGUUUUAGGUUGACUUAUCAUUUCUUUUAAGUUUUUUGUUUUGUUUUGUUGUCUUUUCUUUUUUCGAAUUUCUCUUUUUUGCUUUUCAUGAUUUCUUUAUCAUCUUAUUUGAAUUUUUGAUAUUACAUUUCAUGAUUUUGUUGGUUUCUUUUUUUUUCCUUCUUCUCAUCUUUUUUUUUUCAAUACGUGAGUUUAGAAGUGAGUGUAUUGUAAAUGAUUUUUGGUCUUUUGUAUAUCUAUCUGCAUAUAUAGUCUUAGAUGUGUGUAGAAUUUUCUUUUUUCUUUUUUGGUGUGUGUUUGUUGAUGAUGGACUUUGGAAAUUGAAUACCUAUCAUUUGUCUCUGUGA